UUGUUUAGAGAUUAGUCCCAAACUGACACAUUUGACGUUUGAUGACAACAUUUUUUUUGAACAACUUACUAUUAAACAAAUUUUUGUUCCAAACAUAGUGCUCAUAUCAAUUAUAGUUCGGCAAAAAAUGGAAGAAAUGUGUCGAUUGUGUGCGGUUUUGAAGCAACCGGAAGAAUUUAAAUGCAAAAUUGAUGACGCGAAUUUUGAUGUCGAACAAAAAUUGAUCACUUGCUGUAAUUGGAAUUCAUUUCGAAGUCACAACAGUCUUCCAAAAAGUGUUUGCAUUCCGUGUUUUUUACAGUUAGAACAGUGCUGGUAUUUUCGGGAAACAGUUUCACGAGCUCAACAAAAGUUAUUUGGAUUGAUAGAUGUUAAUAAUGCAUUUCACGAAAUCCAUGGUGUUGUAGAACAUUGUUAUGAGGAAGAAAUGGUUCAAGUGAAAUGUGAAAAUACGACGGACGAUACGAUUGAUGUUGAUCACAUUGAAGUUUCCAAUUUCAAAUUUGAAAGUGAUUACGAUGAUUACAAUAAUGAUUUUGAUAAUGCCAAUAAUAGCAGUGAUGGUGAAUCUGAACUGAAUGAUGCACCUUCCUCGAUUCAACAAAAGAUACAAAAGACAACAUCGAAAACAAGGAGUGUAAAAGAAAAAGUUAAACGUAAAAAACAAAAACAAACACAACUGGAGCAGUUCGAUAUAUCAAAGUUUUUAACCGGCGAGGAUAUGAAUGAAGAUGGAACUGUUAAAGCGGAAAAAAUUCUAGAGCUUAAUCUUAGCAAUUGGACUAAAAUCAAACAUCCUUGUUAUAAAUGUAAUAAAAAUGGCAAUGCAUCAACAUCACAGUCAUACACUGCACCUUCUUAUGGUGACUUAUGGUUUCACUUUACAACGAAUCAUCAAAAUGAACAAUUGAAAUAUAUUUGUCCCAUCUGCCCAGACAGAAUGAUAUUUCUCUCCGAUCGGUACUAUCGCGAACACAUCGUAAAAUUCCAUCAUCCACACUUGAGCUACUGCUGUCACAAAUGUCUGAAAUUCUUCCACGAUUCGACUAAGAUGCGCGCCCAUCUCAAAUCACAUCCCAAAGAUCCAAGCAGUAGUGUUUGCAGCAUCUGUGGUAAAGGAUUUUCGUAUUACAAGAAUCUAUAUUUUCACAUGUUUACCCAUCUACCGAACCAAAUUCAACCAGAGUUUCAUUGCUAUUUAUGUAAAAAAGUACUUAAAUCGAUGUCAUCACUGAAAUUUCACAUGAGACAACAUAUUGGCGUUACCAAGUCUAAGGUAUGUGAUCAGUGCGGAAAAGCAUAUGUUACAGCCAGUAAAUUAAAAGAGCACAAAUCAAUUCAUUCGGAUGAGCGACCGUUCCCGUGUGAGCACUGUCCCAAAACAUUCAAAACCAUUGCAAUUUUACGAAGGCACAUGAGAAUACAUCAAAACGUUCAAAAAUAUAUUUGUCAUAUUUGCGGACAUUCUACUAUAUGCAAACAAAGAUUCAAACAGCAUUUUACGCGAUAUCACACCAACGAUUCACCGUUUCCAUGCGACAUAUGUAAAAAACCAUUUUACAAAAUCCAAACGUUAAAUACCCAUAAGAAGAAUGUACAUUUCAAUGUAAAUCCCUAUCCUUGUGUUCUAUGCGAUUUUCGUGGAAUUAAUGAGAGGGCUUUAAAGCGACAUCAUAAACAUAUUCAUUUGGAUCAUCGUCCACACACUUGCAAUUUUUGUGAGUACGGCACUUAUAGCAAAUUUAAUUUACAGAUGCACAUUUCAAGAAGACAUCGAGUAAAUGAAGAACGAACCUAACAAUUAAAUAAGAGUGCUCAAUUUUCGAGAGCAGUCUCUGCAAUUAGCUAUAAGUUUAUGAUUUAUAAACUAUAAUUUAAUAAAAUUGAACAUAAUAAAUUUAAUAAA